AUGUUUCGAGCCCUGGGACCUCUGCCAUUUGGCAUGGCCCUUUUGAGCCCAACGACAGUGUUUGUCGCCCUCGUCCUCGUCUAUAUCUCCUCCUUCGUCCUCUUUGCGAUUAUCCGCAUCGCUACCGGAGUUUCCAUACAGCGGAUCGGCUACUUCUCGCUACGACAUAUCGCAUAUUCUCCGCGGGAGGGGGUUCACAUCAAGUUCGGAGGGAUUGGGAUCUCGGUGCAUAGGCCCUCGCUCGUCCAGCCUACAUAUAUCAGUUUGAGGAUUAGGCGGGCUACAGUUGCCCUUGAUUUGCAGGCUCUUGCGAGCUCUCGCCGUCGAGCUGCCGCCGGGCAAACAGCAGAGGGGUUGGGGAAGGAUGGAGUUGCGGCAGAGAGCGAGUGUCCGGAGGAGGGGGAUCGCAUACCACACAAGUCGGCGUCAUGGGAUAAGACAUGGAAGAUGCUCAAGGGCAUGAAAGAGAAGCUCAAGCGGUUGCUUAGGCAGAUUAAAUGGUUGGCGCUCAUCGAUAUAUCCGCCACCGAAACAACCCUGCGCAUUCAAGAUGCCGGGGAGCUUCAUAUCGGUGCCCUGACCAUGUCCUUGGAUGCGCGGCGUAAGGCUAUGCAGGGUGGGAAGCAGUUUCGACAGAGUGAAGACUCCUCGGACGGCAAACGGUCUCCCGAAUGGAUAUUUAAUGCGCGCAAUAUUUUACUGGCCUUGGAUGGCUGUGAACACAAGGAAAUCUUCGAUAAUAUUGGAAUCAACAUUCACGGCCUUCUCCAGAAAGACGUGGAGGGUCUACGGGAAGUCUCGAUCUCCGUUAAAGUUGGAAGACUUCACAUUCCGUAUGAUGAUGUUCGCGCCAUUCUACUGCGGGUAAAGGGGCUAUCGUUGCCGGAUGACACAACCCCUGAUGCCGGAACCUCUUGCGAAGAUACCGAUGACGAAACAGCGCUGGGAAAUAUCAUAGAGGAAUUAGAGUCUGAACUGCAGGACUCCCAACAGGAGGUGAUGACCCAUCCCCUUACUGAAUCUAAAGAAUUCAUUGCCUCCCUACUCCGCGGCAUCCAGGACUUCCAGCUUGCUUUGAGCUUCUUCCGAAUAUCGAGCACGGUGAAACAACCUGAGCCUAUGAACAAGCCAUUAUACCUAAACUUUUACACCCAUGAAGUCGGUAUCGACUUCCACCGAAUGGAUCCCGCACACCCUUCCCACAGGAUGUAUUUUCAGCGUGACGAUAUUGCCCACCAAGCCUUGAUAGCUGCUAUAUCUUCAUCUAUCUCGCUAGGCGAGAACAUGGACGAACAUGACAAGUUAAUAUACAUUCCAAUGGCCACCACAACGAUUAAAACCACCCUCCCUUCUAAAACGAUGGCAUUGGCAGACAGCCAUCGGGAUGCCGCUGAGCGGAACUCAAAUGUUAUUUUUGCAAACUUCGUGGUCACGUCUCCUUCUAUGGACCUGGAAUCGCGACAUUUAUCCAACAUUCUAGCUCUACUACGGGCAAAGGGCCCUUCCUCGAGCGCCGGUUCCCAAAAUAAACACUUUCUUAUGUCACGCCUUUUACCAAAGGCAGUAAUUAAACUCUCCGUCCAUGAACCGGUACUUCGAUUCGUACUCCCGACCUCAGACUCAUCCAACUCGCCCGAUUAUAAUCUUCUUGUCUCCUCUAUAUCCUCCAUUUCCUUGGACAUUGAGUCGUCACAUUCUGUCGGAGAAGGGGCCCAGUAUUCAUUGAUUGCCACCUACCGGAUCUCCUCUCAUUUGAUCUACUACCAAACUGCUUCUGGGAUUAGACAUCGCCUCCUUGCCACAGAUGCCAUGGACCUCAAGUGUUAUAUAAACGCAACAACUGAGAUUGCUGUUGCAGUUUCUGGCUCUAUGAAUUCAUUUUCUAUUCAUAUCCUUAGUGGAGAGGUCACGCGAGGCCUUCACCAAGCCGUAGAGCAGCUGAAGAGACUUAUGCCAUCAAAGCAGAAUUCCUCACUUGAUGCGCCAUCGCCCAGCCUUCUGAGGCGUCUACCUCCAUGGCUAAUUCGAUUCCAGUUUGAAUCAUCUGCUUUUAGUAUUGAGAUUGCAGGAUCAGACCCUACCGUUGGCCCUGCUACAAGGGGAAUCGUCCUUCAUCUGGGUGGAUGGUCGGUGGAUUAUCAGUUGCAAAAGCCAAAACCUAACCCACGAUCUAUGCGACGCCGAACCCCUAGCCACUCAGCUAUCUCAGACGACCAAUUCAGAUUCCCUCCCACAUCGCCCUCUGGAAAGUCAUAUGCCCGACCAUCAGAUGGUAGACGAUUAACCUUCCACGUACGGCAGCUGGAGAGCUUCAUUAUGGAGUCUGUCGACUACAUGGAACCAGACGCUUUUCUCUCAGUGCCCCGGUUUGAAAUUGCCCUUACUACAUCAAGCGACCUCCAGGGGCCUAUUUUCCAUAUCAACUCUAUCAUUCACGAAAUAGUAAUAAAACACUCGCUCUAUCGAUGCUAUGCAAUUGGAAUCGCAGCUACUGCGAUUAAGGAUGCAUUUUUCAACUCAUCUACCACGAUGGAAACUUAUGGACCGAAACGCAGAUCCUCCUCGCUGAAAGUACCUGGGAUUGCUUCUUCCAAGGCUGAACUUACCACAUUCGAUAUAAAGGUGCCAUCGAUUCAAGUCCAAGGUGUAAUGCCGCUAGAUCCAAGGAUGCUGCUACAGGUGUAUGGACUAGUUGCGGGUCGACAUCGCUGGUCGCCGCCUUUCAUUCGAUCACAUCUAAUUCGUCUUCAUGUGGAGCCUCCCAAGGUCAAGGGUACCUGGACCAGGAUAAUUAGUGUUGGAGGCGUUCGUGUUGGGCUUAGAGAGAGCCGGACAAAGCAAGCAGAGACCCUAGGAGCCACAAAGUCGUAUGAUAUCUCUGCCGAUUUUAUUCGUCUGGCUGUUCCUCCACACAUGAUUAUGUAUCGUGUAUUUGAUAAUUUUGUCAACACGUUCAAGGCGCUUGAGCUGCUCGGUCACCGCAUGAAGACAAAGUCUAGCUCUCAUAACAUGGUCAAGCCACCGUGUGGACCAAAGCGUGUGCCGAAGAUUUCAUUACGAAGCAAAUCAAUGGUUUUCGAGAUAGAGGAUGACUCGUUCGAGUGGAAACUCGGAUGUAUCUAUCGUCUGGGACUCCAGGAGCAAAAACAGCGCCUUGCCCGCGAGGAAGCUUAUCAUAUGAAAAUGAAGAAACUUAGAGAAAUCCAGGAUGAUCGUUAUGCCACCAUCCGUCUCAGGAGCCAAAUUCCUCGUUCUGCAACCGAUAGGCCCUACACAAGUUCUCGCAAAAGCGGUGACUUUCAGAGAAGUGCAAGUGCGGACAGCCGGCCUAGAAAGCGAUCUAGGUCGAGGGGUAGGACGGCCUACCCAAAAGGUCGAUAUGAUAUGGGGCAGUUGCCGAAUUUCUCUGAUCGUUGCACUCUUUCGGCUGAUGAGGCAUGGAAUAGGCUCCAGGAGCACAACGCGCGCUCUUGGAAGAAAAAGAUUGAUAUCUCAAUUCACUUUCAAAACGCUGCGAUUAAAGAUCUGCGAGCUCUUUUUGUCGGAGCUGAUAAACCCCCUGAUGGUAUCCAAGAAAUUCCCGGGAUAAUACCGAUUCCAAGCAGACCGGGCUUACUUGCGAUUCGGAUAACCGAUUUUGGUUUCUCUCUGGACGCACCAUCGUUCCCACUGAAUGAAUACCCCCAGUAUCUCCACAGGAUUGGCAAAGGAAUGCCAUUAGAUAUGAAAUAUGCCUUGUUGAUACCGAUGAGCAUUCGGCUGGAAAUGGGAGAGGCGAGAUUUAAUCUACGAGAUUACCCACUCGACCUAAUUCAUAUCCCCCCAUUAGGCCCGGGGCAAUCAGCACGCGUUCCGGCUUGGUCUCUCAAGACCGAUUUCGUUAUCGCUGAAGAAUUCCGCGAUUCUGACUCUUCUCGCCAGGUCAUGGUUAAUAUUGUCCCUCCAUCACCUGCGUCCGAUGGUACCAUGCAGGACGGAUUUUCAGUUGAUGUCCGUCGGACGGUUGCUCCAGUGAAGACUUAUUCUAACCCGACAAUUGAAAUCAACACAAAUCAACCUACCACGAUAUCAUGGGGAAUGUCCUACCAACCAGUUAUACAAGAUGUUAUGAAAAUUAUUGAGAAUUUCACCAAGCCCGAGAUAGAUCCCUCGGAGCGUGUUGGGUUUUGGGAUAAGAUAAGAUUAAGCUUCCAUUCAAGGUUACUUUGGAUUUGGAAAGGGGAUGGUGAUGUCCAUUUCAGACUCAAAGGCUCUCGUGACCCCUAUAUCGUUACUGGCUUUGGCGCGGGUUUCGUCAUGUGCUGGCGUAAAGAUGUCCAAUGGGGUAUACGUACCAAUGAUGACCCCCAGGAAUUCUUCGCCGUUACAAGUGGUGAAUAUGUCCUUGCUAUUCCUGACUAUAACCGCCAAGCCCGGUAUUCAUAUGAGUCCCCAUCGUUCAAUACUGGCACCUCCAGGGGAUCUGCGAAGAAUGAUGCAUUGUUCAAGAAAGUCAUAAUGAAAUUAUCAGGAAAUGUCCGUUGGCUUGCAGGUCUCGUUUUUGAGCGGAAUACGAAUGGUACAGACAGGUGCUUCGACUUUAAGCCACAUUAUGAGGUUGUGCUACGCAAUCCGAUGCAUUUAAGUCCUGAAACUUUAAAGGAUUAUGACGCCUUUCGUGGAUUCCGAAGCAACCACAUCCAUCUUUCGUUGGCCGUUGUUGCACCCGUUUCCCGUGUUUGGACUUUGACAAACCGAGAGCCGUCGGCUUCCUACAAUACGGUCCAUCUGACUCCCAAGUUCUUUACCCACUUCUUCAGCUGGUGGUCUCUAUUUUCUGGAGUUAUGUCCCUCCCAGUUCGCCAGGGGCCCCUGUUCCCUGGCCUGACGAAAACUAGCAAGAAAUUCAGUCGUCAUCUCGGUACCAUUAAGUACAAACUAUUUCUUUCGCCAUUGUUUGUAUCCCAUAUCUACAAGCAUAAGGAUCCAGAAGACUAUAAGGAAGACGUCGUUUUUGCAACUGGGUUGAAAGUUAGGCUGGAUAGUUUCAUGCUUGAUCUCCAUCAACGACGUGAGUAUACGACUGUCAUCAAGGGCCGACUGAAACCAACAAAAGCGAGUUCUAUGCAAAUCAAUCGAGCACAGUUAGAUUUCAUUGCUGCUGAUUGUCGUGCUGUAUCAUCCAUUGCUAGUCCAGAUUCGAAUGGCGCUACCGAGGAUGAUAACAGCCCAAUCUACCAAGAUUUGGCUCAGCCCGCAGAUGUUUCUAAUUUCACGAUUCCCGAUGAAGAUCUUAAUUGGAUUGAUAUGGAUGACUUCGUUGAGUUGGAUUGGGUCCUGCCUUCAGAAUCGAAUCCUAGGACACAGAUUCUUCCACUUGCAUACUCUCCUCGGUUUUCGUUUUUCCGCCAAACGGACCAUAUUAAAGUUGGGCCAGACGAACCAGGUUAUAGCCCCUUCGGUGAUGAGCCAACGCAUUUCUGCGUCAUGUCACAGGAUCAUGAUCCCCGGCGAGUGCAGAUUGAACUGCUUAAGGAGCGUCUUAACGUUCUGGAGGAGCAAUCAUCAUCCCACCAACGCAUUGUUGGUGAAUUCGAACUGCGUUCUAUACGUGAUGGUAUAGCAGACGAUGAGUCACGAAGACAAUAUGAGAGGCUUGUUAGACAUGGCCUAUCGCUUGAACAGCGACAAAAAUUCCUCCAGGAUGAACUGCAGCGCCUUGAAAAGCAUUUCGUCCUGAACGGCAUGACCGAUAGCCUUACCACCCCUGGUGAGAGUGGAGAUAGUGAUCUUUUGAUAUCUUCCGCGGAGGAUGAAUUUGCAAGUGAUUUUGACAAUCGAUUCGUCAUCCAUAAUAUUCAACUAAAGUGGAACAAUUCCUUGAGAAACAUAAUCUUGCGAUAUAUACACCAAGUCAACCAGAGGCGUGGAUUUGUGUAUUACAUGUCGCGGCGUGCUGUGAAAUUCAUUUUGGACAUUGUCGAAGAGCAAGCAAAGACUAAACGUCGGCCCAUGGACAAGAAGCAACGGGAAUCCUGGACUGCCGAUACUCGUCCGGCUGUUGAAGUUGAAAGAGAAGAAGACCUCUCCACCGAGGAACGAAUUGAGCAGCUACUUAACGAUGCCACCCGAUUUGUAACUGCUGAGCCGCCCGCUCCUAACGAUAGCGAACGCCCUCCAUUAAGUUCGAACGCGAGCGAAACUAUUGCUCCUGAAUUUACGCCGCAGAACAGUUAUCACUUGAGGCUAAUUGCGCCCCAGAUUCAGUUACAAAGUGAGAAGAAUAAGAAAUCCGUCGCAGUUGUUACCGCUAAAGGGAUGCAACUAAAGGUCGUAUCCAUUAUGGACAAGCACCGCGUAUCCGAUGAUGUCAGCGGACUGGUACAGCGACAGUUUACACUUAGUAUGGAUAGCGCGCAGUUCUUCGUUGCGAACCAAAAGAGCUUCUCUAACCAUAUACAUAUCUAUUGUGGUAAUGGAUACGGCAAUACCCCUGGGUCUUCAUGGCCACCUUGGGUCUCAGUGGAAGCUAUGUUCGAUUUCGAUAUUGAUCUUUCUGGAUUCUCGAGGAUUAUACAAAAAACUUCUGCCAGUCUACGGUAUGAUAAGUUUAACACCCUGCGGCUGAAGUUUAAUGAGAGGGUUGCUGGCGAGACAGAGCAAGAGGACGGACACGCCAGCUAUCCUGCUCCUGACGAGCACAGGAUGGACCAAAUAUCCGUCGAAUUCCCACAAGUCCGGGCAAUCUGUGAUUCGUCACAGUACUACUCCCUGUACAUAAUUGCCCUCGACCUCCUCAUGUACAGUGAGCCUCGAGAACAAGUUCGUGCUGAGAAACUAGAGAAAAUCAUGCUGGCAUCAGACUUUAGUGAUCUUAGGGGUGCACCAGAGAUUGUCAAUCGUCUCCAGCAGCGAAUCCGCUAUCUUGAGGAGAUUAAGAGCCUGUUCCAAAUUCGGGCCAAAGACCUUAACACACAAGGGCUGGCGGAUAGGGUAUCACUAGAGAAAGACCUCAUAACUUGCGAAGACGAGCUAUUCUUUAUGAUGAAAGCUAUUACAACAUCACAGAGAAAGAGUGACGAUCGUGCAAAAUCUUCAUCAAGUGGGCUUCUACGGUGGACUCUUGCUGCAUCCGAGAUCGUAUGGCAUCUGAUGACUGACAGUAAAGAGCCCGUUGCGGAGUUUCAGCUGAGAGAUGCCGCGUAUGGUAGGACAGAUAACAUUGAUGGAUCAAAUCACAAUACUAUAGAAGUUGGAAACAUAUAUGGGCUUAAUUUGCUACCAGAAGCACUAUACCCACAAGUGAUACUUCCCUACAGGGAUGACCACCGAGGAGGCCCCCAACCAAAGGACGACGGCAAAAUGCUUCACGUCAAAUGGUACAUGCUUGAGGCCAUUGCCGGAAUCCCGGUCCUUAACGACUUCGAGGUAACGCUUUUCCCGCUUAAAAUACAACUGGAACGAGAACUAGGCCAGAAACUUUUCGAAUAUGCGUUUCCUGCUGUUGGACCGAACGCUUUCGAGAAUGGGGGCUUUUCACCAUUCAUGAUAAAACAGAUAGAUCCCCCAGACGAUGAUUCAGAUACCGAUGGAACUAGCGGCGUCAAUACUCCAGCUAUGAGCACUGCCAGCACAUCGGCAGAUGAAAGGCAAACUUCUCGUCUUGGUGCAGUUGAACAGCGAUUGACGCCAACUUUAGCUUUACCCGAUAAAAGGCGUUCAUAUUCUCCCGGCAGAAUCAAAAAGUCGAUGUUUAUGACUCCACUAGUCAAGGAUCCAGUUCCUCGAAGGCAUGAAGCCGAAGAUGACAGGAGCCGUUCUACGUCUCAGGUACCUACACGGCGUACUUUGGCGAAAAAGGCCUCUGCGGACAGCCUUACGGUGCUUAAACGACAGGCUUCGGACUGGUCUCUGGGAAGUCAAGCUGGGAAUAAGACGGAGGAGAAGCCAAAACGGCCCACUCUUAAACGACAGCCUACUAAAGUGCAGUUGGAUAAAACCAGCGGAGCAGAUGAUCUCUCCCGAAUGAUGUCUCGCGCUUCGAAUUUCAUGAUUCUCACCCAUGUGAAGAUAAAUGAUGUCGUGCUUUGUUUAAGCUACAAGGGCAAGGGAGAGCGGAAUAUCGAAGACAUCCAUGACUUUGUUUUCAGGUUGCCAGUUCUUGAGUAUCGAAAUAAAUCGUGGUCGAACUUAGACCUUGCUUUGCGACUUAAGAAAGAUGCUAUCAAGGCCCUGAUUUCGCAUACGCCUGCAAUAUUGGGUAACAAGUUCUCCCAUCAUCGGCCGACAAAACAACAACAGAAACGCCUUCGAGAGUUAGCUAGCUCGUCUCAAUUGCUAGAUGGACAAUCCAUUUUGAGCGUUCCUCACUCCGACGGCUCAAACAGUAUCGUUAGUCGUACUUCGACUGAACGGUCUGCUUCUCCCGCAUUGUCUUUAAAUUCGCGCAAUUUUCAGACAAGUGGCCCAGCGUCUUCUGAGUCUAUUACUAUUCCUGCAAGGUCCCAAACAGCCCAUUCCGAUACUGGCCCUGUCAGAAACCCCACAAUGGAGGAACAAGAAGAUGAACAAAGUAUCAAAUCAGGCGCUUCACGCCGGCGUUUUACGACUAGUCGUGCCUCUGUUAACAGCGAAAAUAUGGAAGACGAUGGCUCUGAAAGGUGA